AUGUCCCGAAAGCAGGCGGCCAAGGGCCGGCCGGGAAGCGGCAGCCGGAAAGCCGAGGCCGAGCGCAAGCGCGACGAGCGGGCGGCGCGCCGGGCCCUGGCCAAGGAGCGGCGGAACCGGCCAGAGUCCGGUGGCGGCUGCGAGGAGGAGUUCGUCAGCUUCGCCAACCAGCUGCAGGCCCUGGGGCUGAAGCUGCGGGAGGUGCCAGGGGACGGCAAUUGCCUGUUCAGAGCACUUGGUGAUCAGUUGGAGGGACACUCACGAAAUCAUCUCAAGCACCGACAAGAGACAGUGGAUUACAUGAUAAAGCAGCGGGAAGAUUUUGAACCCUUUGUAGAAGAUGACAUUCCUUUUGAGAAACAUGUGGCCAGUUUGGCAAAGCCUGGCACCUUUGCUGGUAAUGAUGCAAUCGUAGCCUUUGCAAGAAAUCAUCAAUUGAAUGUGGUGAUUCAUCAACUUAAUGCCCCUUUGUGGCAGAUUCGUGGCACGGAGAAGAGCAGCGUGAGGGAGUUACACAUUGCAUAUCGGUGUGGAGAGCACUAUGACAGCGUUCGGAGGCUCAAUGACAACUCGGAAGCCCCCGCACACCUCCAGACGGAUUUUCAGAUGCUUCAUCAAGAUGAAUCAAAUAAAAGGGAAAAGAUCAAGACGAAGAGCAUUGACUUUGAGGAUGACCUGAGAGAUGAAGUAGAAGAUGCUGUCCAGAAAGUUUGCAAUGCAACUGGAUGUUCAGAUUUUAAUUUGAUAGUCCAGAACCUGGAAGCUGAAAAUUAUAAUAUUGAAUCUGCAAUAAUUGCCAUGCUUCAGAUGAACCAGGGGAAAAGAAAUAAUGCAGAGGAGAACCUUGAGUCCAGUGGCCGAAGUCUGAAGCAGUGUGGCCCUUUAUGGGAGGAGGGCGGCAGUGGCACCAGACUCUUUGGAAAUCCGGGCUCAGAUGAAGGCAGACCUGAAAACAAUAAAGAGCGGGCAAGACCUAGUGAAGAAAACAAAGCAAAUAAAAACCAGCUCCCAAAGGUCACCAACAAACAGAGGCGGGAGCAGCAGCGACUGGAGAAGAAGAAGCGACAGGAGGAGAGGCACCGUCACAAAGCCCUGGAGAGCAGGAGUGGCCACAGGGACAGCAACCGAGGUGAGGCAGAUGCGAACGUGCAGGUCACCUUGGUGAAGACCUUUGCCGCUCUCAACAUCUGA